GAUGGGUUCACUAUAAGACGCCCUGGAGCUCUGCAAGUUCAUCAGCUGACUUUACAACAUCUGACCCACAUUGUCUCCAACACAGGACAGGACAGAAGUUGUUGCCAUGGCAGAUAAGACAGUCAUGACCCAGCCCAGACCUUUCAUCCAGACUACAGUAUCCAAUGAGUGGACGUCUGGCAUCUGCGACUGCCUCCAAGACCUGCCCCAGUGUUGCCUUGCCUUUUGGUGCCUUCCUUGCUUCACCUGUAUCACGGCUCGUGAGGCUGGGGAGUGUCUAUGUUUACCUCUGCUGGACGCGUUUGGAGCCAUUCCUCCCAUGACCACUGCCCUCAGGGUGUCAGUGCGCCAGCGAUACGGCAUUGAGGGUACGAUUUGCAAAGACUGCGUGUAUUCUUUCUUCUGUGGGCCCUGUACCUGGUGCCAGAUAGCACGAGAAAUCAAAGCACGAAAAAGUCCCAUCACCUUCGUCAACAUGGCAUCGAAAUAAGAUUACAUGCACAGGUUAUCACUGCGUCAAUGACAGCAGAACCAGCGUCAUCGCCAUCAUCACCGGGAUCAGAGUUUUUCACGCUAUUUGGAUUAAUGGAUGACUACUGUUCUGUUCCAAGCACGUCUGCCUCUGAGGAAUGCCACUUGGCAGCUGAUUACAAGUCUUGAAAAGCAACGCAUCCACUAAUGACAUGCAGGAGAUAAGCUGCCUCAGUAACAAAACAACGCAGAUGUACUGAUCAGGACUACUUGUGUAAUUCUUUUCUAUGUUUUUAUAAAUGAUAAGUAUUUACUAGAAGCUUCAAAAGUGGGUCACUUUGACUCAUCAUAUCCACUUUGUACUGAUGAUUUACCUGUUUAUACCUGAAUUAUCAAACACACCUAAUUGUCACAGUUGGAAAUUUGUAACCUUUUUACUCCCAUUUCCAGUAUAUGUAUUUAAAUAAAUCCAAGUGCAAUAGAACAAAGUUGA